CUUUCAUCACCUCUUCUUUGCGUAUUAAACCACUUAAUAAAAAAUAAUCGACGAAGAGAGAAAGACAAUAUGUUCUUUAAGACAUUGCUCGUUACACACUGUCGCCAUGUGUUUUGCAUGGUGCUGUUACUGCAACUUCUCAGCACUUUAUCUGCCAACCAGCCUUUGAUGACUUGUCCAGCUUCCAGAAGUACCGUUAGUUAUGUUGAGAAAUGCCCGAAGGACGAAUUUGAAUGGCUUAGUGCUGCGUUGAAAAAGAACUGUUCAAAAAUCUCACAGAAUUGUUCUAGUGAUGACCAAUUCCUUUACCAUUGUUUGAUCAAUUCUUGGGAAAAUUCGACAUUAGAAGUCUGUGCUCGGCGAGUCAAUAUAAUAGGUAAAUGCGCAGAAUACAAUUAUGAUGGAGCAGUUGUUCAAGAACACAUGAAUGCAGACUGCAAAAACUUUAAGAAUCCAUGUCCAGAUGUAUAUCUCUCUGAUACAGCUUAUUUGUACCAGGAAUGUUACAACAUUGUGAAAAGGAAGCAUUCUCAAGAAACCCCUCCCGUAAUAAAUAGAAUGUCUUCUAAUCGAAGGAUUGAAAAGUCUAAUAGCAGUAUUUUUGAAGACUUCUUAAUAUUUACUUACUCAAUAGCUAUUCCUAUCAUCGGCAGACUCUUUGUGUUUGUCUUGCAAUAGAAUCCACAGAGAAAUAUUAAUAAAAUGUUAGUCAUCAACAUCGCCUAAAUAUGUAGGAACAUCUGUCAUUCAGUGUGAAAUAAUGUGUUCUAUCAGGUUCACUGUGUCAUUUUCAGAACUGUUUUUUUAUUUGUUGUAUAUUGCUGGAAUGAGUACAUGAUUAUGUGAUUGUUUGAAAGGAAUAAUGUAUAUACAUCAUUAAGAGUCUACAAAUAUACAUUGCAAACAAAACUGGGUGCAUUCAGUCCAAGAUUCUAAUUUCGAAAAGAGUCUUGAUUAUAAGGGGCAAAACGACUCUUAUCUUUAGAACAGAGAUCAUAUCACCACGUAUAAAAUGAUUACAUCAAUAUCAAAAGUAGUUCUUCUUAAAGAGGCUGGUGGGUCGUGGCCACGAUUAGACUAUUUUGAUCUCCUUUAGAAGAAUAGCUCCAUAAUAAGCGCCAUAAUUUCCUAUUACCUUUCUCAUGAU